AUGGAUCAUUUGUUACAGCACCAGGAUGUUUUUGGGAAUUAUAACAAAGCUAGAGAAGCCAUGGGAGUAUCAUGUUUGUCAAACCCAACACAAGAUGACCAUCAGAAGAAACUUUCUCCCGCGACAGCCGCGGCAAAGCCACAGCCACCGGAGCUAGCCCUGAGAUGUCCACGUUGCGACUCAACAAACACAAAGUUUUGUUACUACAACAACUACAGCCUCUCUCAGCCUCGCUACUUCUGCAAAUCAUGCCGGAGAUACUGGACCAAAGGCGGAACCCUAAGGAACAUACCCGUCGGAGGAGGCUGCCGGAAAAACAAACGUUCCACAUCUUCCGCAACAAGAAGCCUCAGAACUACGCCAGAACCGGCGUCUAACGACGGGAAAACGUUCUCGACGGCGAGUUUUAAUGGGUACAACAACAAUGAACAAAUCGAUCUCAGCUUAGCAUUUGCCUUACUGAACAAGCAACCUCCGGGGAGUUCUUCAAAUCUAGGGUUUCAUUCAGAAUUCAGUAGCUCUCAUCAGUCUGACAUGGAGAGUGUGUUUGGGACAAACCAGCAUAAGGAUAACGCUUGUUUUGCGUUUGGAAACGGGAGCAACGGUCUGGAUAUCGCCAUGGGUGAUCCAACCAAGGUCUUGUGGGGAUUUCCAUGGCAGAUGAAUGGAGAGAGCUUUGGGAUGAUGAACACAGGAGGAGGAAGUGGUCAUGUAGAUCAUAUUGAUUCAGGGAAAGGGAUUUGGACCAAUAUGAACUAUAUUAAUUCUGGUGCUUUGAUGUAG